AUGCCUCUGCGCCUCUCGCAGUUUGGCCAGUCGCCCCAGUCGGCUCCCCUCCUCGCGUCCGCUCAGACCCCUGGCGUGAGCCAGAGCCGCCUGUCCGAGACGUCUCUUGCAUCUGGUUCAUACGAACGCGGCAGCUCUGCUCCUGGUUACGACUCUAGCAACUACGGCCCAUCAGCAAACAUGGGUCCCUCCGCCGCCACCGCCUCGGGCCCUCGUUACGGCCCCUCGGCCACUGCGUCUCCGCAGUCGUCGACCAUGUCGCGUAUCGCCAACAGCGAGCAGAUGCCGCUCCGCGGUGGCGCCGCUGGUAUGGCUGGCGGUGCUGCCGCGGGCGGUGUCAUGGCCGGUGUCGACGACGACGACCUCGAUGACCAGCUCCACACCUUCACUGCGGCCGACCGCAAGGACCUUUCAUCUCCUUUCACCCUGAACUCGUGGAGAGGUUGGGCCAACGGUUUCACCCUCUUUGUUCUGCUGGCAGGCUUUGUCGUGUUGUUCGCCGGCUACCCGAUCAUCUCGCACUACGCAGACUCGAAUGCGUCCAGCGGUUCCAGCACGUCGGGUUACAACCUCGGAGGUAUCAAUGCAUCGGGCCAGUACCCCGAGAUCACAAACUUCCCCACCCUCAUCGACGCCGACACCCCUUCAUCCGCCCUCACCCGCACUGGUACCGACGGCAACAAGUGGACCCUCGUGUUCUCGGACGAGUUUGAGCGCGAAGGCCGCACGUUUUACGACGGUGACGACCCGUUCUUCACCGCUGUCGACAUUCACUACUGGCCCACCAACGAUUUCGAGUGGUAUGACCCCUCGGCUGUGACCACAAAGGACGGUCACCUCCUCAUCACUCUUUCGCAGGAGCCCACCAACGACCUCAUGUUCAAGUCUGGUAUGCUCCAGUCGUGGAACCAGCUGUGCUUCAACAAGAACGCCUACUUUGAAGUCUCGGUUUCGCUCCCGGGCAACAACUACAUUGGUGGCUUCUGGCCCGGUAUCUGGACGAUGGGUAACCUCGGCCGUCCCGGUUACGGUGCUUCCACCGAGGGUCUGUGGCCCUACUCGUACUCGUCGUGUGACGUCGGUAUUCUUCCCAACCAGACGUACACCAACGGCUCGGGCCCCGCCGCCGCCCUCGACACUGGCUCGGACAGUUACGGAGGCACUCUGUCGUACCUUCCCGGCCAGCGCCUGUCGGCGUGCAACUGUGACUCGUCCACCCACCCGGGUCCCUCUGGUGUUGGUCGCUCUGCUGUCGAAAUCGAUUUGAUCGAGGCCCAGAUUGACCUCACCAACAAGAAGGGUCAGGUCUCGCAGUCGGCUCAGGUCGCCCCCUUUGACGACUACUACCAGUUCAACAACUGCUCCGACUGUGUCAAAAUCUACGACUCCGACCUCACAUACUACAACACUUACCUCGGUGGUGUCUACCAGCAGGCCGUCUCGGGUCUCACCUAUGUCGACAGCUCCAUCUACUAUGGCACAUCGGCAGAGUUUGGUACCUUUGGUUUCGAGUUUGUGUCCAACUUUGACGACCCGACCGACGGCUACAUUGAGUGGGUCAGCAUGGGCACGGCCUCGUGGCGUAUGAACGCAAAGGCUGUCGCUGCCAACGCCGCCGUUGGUCUCAGCCAGCGUCUCAUCUCGCAAGAGCCCAUGGCCCUCAUUUUCAACCUGGGCAUGUCCAACAACUUUGAAAACGUCGACUUCAACCACAUGCCCUUCCCCAACUACAUGCGUGUCGACUACAUCCGUGUCUACCAGCUCGAUGGUGGUGACGGCUCCAUUGGCUGUGACCCAAGCGACCGCCCGACUGCCGACUACAUCUCGACCUAUGCGGAAGUGUACGCCAACCCCAACCUGACGACUUGGGAGGGUGCAGGGUACACUUUCCCCACCAACAAGAUGACCAACCCCACUUGUUAA